GCGCUGCAGGGAGAAUCAAACCACCAAGCAGUCGAUCUGUGACCUCUCACCAGAAAAAAGCGAGGGACGCGCUCUUGUUACUGAUCUGGACUCCACCAGCUUCCAAAGACCCGUCCCAAUAGAGAGUCUUUGAGUUCUUAACGACCAGUGAGCGGCCGCAGUAGGACAAGUUCGGUGGUCGGUCGGUCGGUCCGCCAUGACUGCGCCCGCCCGCCGUCUGUGCCACAUCGCCUUCCACGUGCCGACCGGGCAGCCCCUGGCCCGGGACCUGCAGCACCUCUUCGGCUUCCAGCCCCUGGCGGCGCGGGAGGCGGGCGGCUGGCGGCAGCUUGCCCUGCGCAGCGGAGACGCCGUCUUUUUGGUAAACGAGGGCUCGGGACCCGGGGAGCCACUCUAUGGCCUGAAUCCGUGUCAUUCGGUACCCAGCGCCACGAACCUGUGCUUCGACGUGGACGACGCGGGCGGUGUAGCCCGUGCGCUGGCGGCUCGCGGCUGCCGGGUGCCUGUGCCCCCGGUUAGUGUGUGGGACGCGCAGGGCGCAGCCAGCUACGCCGUGGUCAGCUCGCCCGCCGGCAACCUCAGCCUGACGUUGCUAGAUCGUGCAGGCUAUCGCGGGCCCUUCCUGCCCGGCUUCACACCCGUGUCCUCGGCUCCCGGCCCGGGAUGGGUCAGCCACGUGGACCACUUGACCUUGGCCUGCACCUCCGGCAGCUCUCCUACACUUAGGCGCUGGUUCCAUGACUGUCUAGGCUUUCGCCACUUACCGCUGAGUCUAGGCGAGGAUCCGGAGCUGGGCCUGGAGGUGGCAGCAGGGUCUGGGCGUGGGGGCCUGCGGCUCACUGCCCUGCAGACCCCACCGGGCAGCGUUGUCCCCACUCUCGUGCUGGCCGAGUCCCUGCCAGGGACCACCAGCAAACAGGACCAGGUGGAGCAGUUCCUGACCAGGCACAAGGGGCCCGGGCUGCAGCACGCAGGGCUGUACACUCCGAACAUCAUGGAGGCUACUGAGGGGAUGGUGGUGGCAGGAGGCCAGCUCCUGACACCUCCUGAGGCAUACUACCAGCAGCCUGGCAAAGAGGAGCAGAUCCUAGCUGCAGGGCACAAGCCUAGCCUUCUGGCCAGACAGGGAAUCCUGCUAGACGGCGAUAAUGACAAGUUCCUGCUUCAAGUCUUCACUAAGUCCCUCUUUGCUGAGGGCACCUUCUUCCUAGAGUUGAUUCAGAGACAGGGGGCCACAGGCUUUGGACAGGACAACAUCCGGGCACUAUGGCAGUCCGUGCAAGAGGAAGCUGCCAGGGCACAGGAAGCCUGA